GAAUCCUGAAAGAUUGUUCCCAACGUAUGCAUAUCCCGGUUCGUAAUUGAUUCUUCAGCCUUGUAAAUCCACUUGAGAAAGCGUCGCCUACUGUCCCCAGCGAUAACAAGUUGCCAUUAGCAACAGCAGCAAUCCAUUGCCUCCCCACCAACUCUUGAACGUAAAGCACAUGACCGCGCACCUAUAAAGCUGUUUGUAACAGCGCGGAGAAAGCAUUCCAACAUCGAACGCCUUAGUGGACGGACAACCCAGCAGCAGCAGUACACCACCCAACCAACCCAGCAGCAGCAGAGGCGAAGCAGUACACCACCCAGCCAAUCCAACAGAAGGCAAACGAACGGGCCGAUUCGCGCGUAGCGAGCGCGUCAACGGGUUGCCCUUAGCAACGCGAUACCUCACCCACCAUCCCUCGAACGGCAAGCGCGAGUCCGCGCAUGUAUAAAGCUGUUUGUAACAGCGCGGAGAAAGCGAUUCCAACAUCGAACGCCUUAGUGGACGGACAACCCAGCAGCAGCAGUACACCACCCAACCAACCCAGCAGCAGCAGAGGCGAAGCAGUACACCACCCAGCCAAUCCAACAGAAGGCAAGUGAACGGGCCGAUUCGCGCGUAGCAAGCGCGUAAACGGGUUGCCACUAGCAACCACAGCGAAGCAGUACACCAUCCAACCUACCCAGCAGCAGCAGAGGCGAAGCAGUACACCACCUAGCCAAUCUAGCGGAAGGCGAGUGAACGAGCCGAUUCGCGCGUAGUGUGCGCGUCAACUGGUUGCCACUACAGGAGGACCGAAAAAAGUACACCGUGCCCAGCGAGCGACCGGAUUAGCGUGAUCAAUUGCUAUGGAAGGCCAGCAAUCUCGUGCUCCGCUUCCACCGCAGCAAAUGGAACUAACCAGAAAUCACGACAAUGGCGCAGGCGGUACGAGAACCGAAUCAUCCCUCACCCGAAAAUCAAAAAGCAAAAUCACAAGGAAGAUGCUUUUGGAGGAGCUUUCGGCAGUCAAAUCUGAAUUGGCUAGAAUGCGUUCCGAAAAUGAGCAGAUGCUCCACGAAGUUGAACUAAGCACAGCAGAAAACGAUUAUUUGAACUUCGAGUCCAAUGAAGCCGGGCAACAGCAAACGACUUCAGCGGGAAACGAAUCCUUGCUAACGACAAUGAGCAAUAUGUCCCUUGGCUCCCUGAAUAUCCCAGAAUGCAAACCCUCGGAGGGUGAGACGGAGGUAGAUAAAAAAGCCUACGAACAAUGGAAGGAAAUACUAAACGCGUCAUUCAAUCUGGUCCGUGCAACCGAUGAGCGAGCUAAAAUGGACAUAUUUCGGAUAAAGGCAGGUCCAAAAUUACUGGAUGUGAUGCAAGGAACGUCAUCUACAUCAGAUAUGCCCGACGAACGCAUUAUGCCAUAUUCCAAUGCCAUUUCUCGAUUGGAUAAUUAUUUUGGAUCACGUACUUACAUUAUUGGGCAACGUGCAAAACUAAUGAACACCGUACAGCAUAGCGGUGAAUCAAAUAUUUCAUUCGUGCGACGUGCGGCAGCUGCUGCAAAGCUUUGUGCUUACAAGAGCGAGGAAGAAAUGGAAGCGUUAGUACGAACUAUCGUCAAAGGGACCAUCGAUAGCCGUGUGAGAGUUUUGGCUCACAGAAACUGGGUUUCCCAAGGAGACAUGAACAGCUUGAUCGCAUUGGUACGCGAUCGGGAGAUGGAGCUAUUCAACGAGGAAGAAUAUCAAAAGCUAAACCGCCAGAACAACGUGACAAUAGCUACUGUUUCAAAACGCCUGGAUACACGAGAUCAGUUUCGUCGGGGUACAGCAUUUAGGUUGAGAGGCACCCAACGAGGAAGAGGAACACUUCGACGUGGACAAGUUCGCCCACAAGGACCCCUUCAGAACGCAUGCUGGCGAUGCGCUAGCAUCUACCAUGGUCCUGCUCGUUGUCCCAAUCUAGACAAGGUGUGUCACAAUUGUGGGCGGCGUGGGCAUUUAGCUCGUGCUUGCAUAUCUGUGCCGCAGCAUGGAGCUGGACAGAAGCGUCCGCAUAACGAAACCAGAGAUGAAGAACCCGAACCGAAAAUUGCGGCAAUAAUGCAAAAUGGCGAAGAAAAUGAGGAAAAGGUAAUGAAUAAUGACGACCUUGAAUAA